CACCGGAUAGACAGCCGGGGGCCACAGACUUUACCACCGGAUAGAAAGCCGGGGGCCGCAGACUUUACCACCGGAUAGAAAGCCGGGGGCCACAGACUUUACCACCGGAUAGACAGCCGGGGGCCACAGACUUUACUGUCUGCAGCUUCUAUCCUUGCCUGGCCGGCCCUUGCCUUGCCCUCCUCCUCCUCUAUCGCCUCGUCUGGUGGAUCUAUGGUGUCUGGAGGUGCAAGCGAUGGUCAGAGUCCGUUAGCAGCCAUGUUUGCCAAGAAGAAGAAGCGCGUUGAGAUCUCGGCGCCCUCAAACUUCGAGCACCGGGUCCACACGGGCUUCGACGAGCAGGAGCAGAAGUUCAUCGGACUCCCUCGGCAAUGGCAGAGUCUGAUCGAGGAGUCGGCCAAGAGGCCCAAGCCGCUGGUGGACCCGGCGUACAUCACGACCAUCACACACGGCCCGCAGAAGACCAUAGUGCGCGGAAACAAGCUGUCCAGGGACGGCUCCUUGGCCUGGCUCCUCGAUGAGUUUGACACCAUGUCCGUUUGCCGCUCCAACUCCCUGCGCAGAGACAGCCCCCCGUGUCACCCCCGCGAUGAACGGAUCCCACUGGAAAAUGGCGCCAGCGAGAGACGUGCCAGGCAGCCACGCGAGGACGGUGGCCGAGUGCCGGAAAGGAGCCGGACGGAGCACCAGGCGAAGGACAGGCACAGGGAAGAACAAAGGGCGGCCCCCCAACAACCAAGAGGGCAAGAGCCCAGCGCUAAACACCGUCCGCCCCCACCGGACUAUCCCAAGCCCCCUGAGAACAGAGGCACGCGCUCGCACGAGCGGACGGACGCAAAGCGGGACUUCUCGGUGCCCGAGCGCGAUUACAGCGAGCCGGCGGACAGAGUGCCGAGACGGGACAAAGAGGAGCGCCGGCCAAAGUCUGCUUACGCAGGAGGCGAGGGCAGCCCGCAGUCCCCCAGAGACAAGCGGCCCCUCUCGGGGCCUAGCAUACAAACGCCAGGCACCUCGGCCACCGAGCGGGCCACAAAGCCGACCCAGCAGGCGGGGCGACCGUUUAACACCUACCCAAGGGCCGAUACAGACCCUAGCCGAGGGACGGGCCACCAGGUGCCGGAUUCUCGCUCCGCGGCGCAGCUGGAUUCAAAAAGCCCAGUGGAUAGAGGGUCUUCUCGGCCCCAGCAGGGCCAUUCGAAACCCAAGCCCCCGGAGAAGCCUUCCCACGCCAUCCUCGCCCAGCAUAGUUCCGACCCCCAGCUCUCCCGGCCCCCGCAACCCCAGCCGCAGAACCCCGCGCAACCCCGUUCCCCGCAGAGAGAACCGCAGCGGGUGUCGCACGAGCAGUUCCGAGCCGCGUUGCAGAUGGUGGUUGACCCCGGUGACCCCAGAACCUACCUGGAGAACUUCAUAAAGAUUGGCGAGGGCUCCACAGGCAUUGUGUGCAUCGCCACGAUCCAGAGCUCGGGCAAGCUGGUGGCCGUGAAAAAGAUGGACCUCCGCAAGCAGCAGCGGAGGGAGCUUCUGUUCAAUGAGGUGGUUAUAAUGAGGGAUUACCAGCAUGAGAACGUGGUGGAGAUGCACAACAGCUACCUGGUGGGAGACGAGCUCUGGGUGGUCAUGGAGUUCCUGGAAGGAGGGGCGCUGACUGACAUAGUCACCCACACCAGGAUGAAUGAGGAGCAGAUUGCGGCUGUCUGUGUGUCUGUCCUGAAGGCUCUGUCAGUGCUUCAUGCGCAGGGUGUGAUACACCGCGACAUAAAGAGCGACUCCAUACUGCUGACACACGACGGACGGGUGAAGCUCUCGGACUUCGGGUUCUGCGCCCAAGUCAAUAAGGAGGUGCCGCGCCGGAAGUCCUUGGUGGGGACCCCGUACUGGAUGGCUCCCGAGCUGAUCUCCAGGUUGCCCUACGGCCCAGAGGUGGAUAUUUGGUCCCUGGGAAUUAUGGUGAUCGAGAUGGUGGACGGAGAGCCCCCUUAUUUUAAUGAACCUCCCCUGAAGGCGAUGAAGAUGAUCAGAGACAAUUUACCCCCCAAGCUGAAGAACGUGCAGAAGGUGUCUCCGCUGCUAAAGGGAUUCCUGGAUCGUCUGCUGGUGAGAGACCCCGGCCAGCGCGCCUCGGCCAACGAGCUCCUGAAGCACCCCUUCCUGGGAAAAGCCGGACCACCUUCAUGCAUCGUCCCGCUGAUGAGACAGAAUCGCAUGAGAUGAGGCGUCGGGAGGGAUUGGGGACCACUAUUUCCUUACGGACCACCAAAGACACGGGGACUCGGGAGCAGU